AUGUAUGCAAAGUUUGAAAUUCGUCAAAAAAAUUUAGACGUCGCGCGUAAAUGUUUGGGCUCAAGUUUAGGAAUGUGCCCUAAAAACAAGCUGUUUCGUGGAUACAUUGAAUUGGAAAUGGGGCUACGUGAGUUUGAUCGCUGCAGAAAACUUUACGAAAAAUGGUUAGAGUACGAACCGGAAAAUUGUACCACUUGGAUGAAAUAUUCUGAAUUAGAAACUCAGCUAGUUGAUCUAAAUCGUGCACGUGCAAUUUAUGAGCUUGGAUUGAAACAGCCACGACUAGAUAUGCCGGAAUUGUUGUGGAAAUCGUACAUUGAUUUUGAAAUUUCACAAGAGGAACCACAGAAUGCACGACAGAUAUUUGAGCGGCUGCUUGAGCGAUCAAUUCACGUGAAAAUUUGGAUAGCAUAUGCCAAGUUUGAAUUAUGUAAUAAGUAUGAAGAUGUGGAUCCAGUUAGCGUUGCUAGACGAGUAUUUGAACGUGCUAAUACUGCAUUGAAAAUGAAUGGAGAUCGAGAAAGCAGAGCUAUAUUAUUGGACGCUUGGAAAGAUUUUGAAAUGAAUAAAGGAGAUGAAGACAGUAAAAAGAAAAUUAUGGAUAAAAUGCCAAAAAGAAUCAAGAAAACUAUGUCAUGUUAA